AUGCAGAUCAAUAUCGGUGAACGUACAGAUCUCGGUGCUUGGAGAACAAUCCGCAACUCCACGACUGGAGGUGCCACAGUUAAACAGCGCAGUCUCGACACUACGAGUCCUUUCUCCGCCCGGUUUGUGAGAAAACUGGCUAAGAAAACCACUUGCAUUAAGCUACUGUCGGUGUAUCCAUUAUUGUGUUCAUGGUCUAUCAUCAACAGCGAAUUGGAACUACUGGAAGCAGAUACAAUUAGACCCAGCCAAGAAGUCAUCGUCAUUGAAAAAUACCAUCAGUAUGAGGGAUAUUCCAACAUGAAACAACCAACUCGCUACAACGAUUUGCGUGUCGGGGCUGAUCGGGACAAGAUCAGGCUUGACCGUUUGUUGCCGAAGGUCCACUCUCUAGACUCAAGCGAGAUCUGCUAG